CUCCGAUAUUCGGGGUCUUUAGUACUCCGAGGGCUCGGCAGCGACAUGCGUCAACCCCCUUAUGCUCGGGAUCGACCCGACACCUCCUCAGCAAAACAAUCCUUUUGCUCUGGGGGAAGUUGCAAACAAAACUCUUUCCAGACAUAGUUUAGCCCCUAAACCUUGCGAUACUCUGUAGAAGACAAAAAGGACCGUACCAUUACAGUUCUGCUGCUAGACUAUCUCUACAAUGUCACUGCCAGAUGUCAUAAUCACCACUCAGUCCGUAUCAGAGAACGGCCAUCUCCAGAUAGCUGGCUCGUUCACCAACUGGUCCCCAUUACCAAUGGAGUACUCUCCCACUGACAACACCUGGAACUUUAACGUAUCAAAGCACGUUGAGCCCGAAGACGUUGCUCUGGAAAAGCUCACUUUCAAGUUCAUCAGCGACAGUGGCGCCGGCUGGUUCCACGACGGAAGGUUGUCUUUUGAGGACGAUGGGUUUGGCGGUUUUAACAACUACUUGGUUUUACCGAAAACUGGGAUUCGCAGCAGCGCGUCGCCGGAUGAAGAGGAAUACUAUGACGACGCCGACAGCUCUGGGUCGACGUUCAGCAAUGAGACCACCGCUACGCCGCCAAACGAGGCGCUUACAUCGUCUAAGGGUGAAAUUGAUGGACUGGACUCUAUUUUCGAAGUCAAAGAACUCGAAGCUUCCAACGCUGGUCACCCCAAAGGUAAGAACAUAGAGAUUGACGAGUCGUAUACCAAGGAAUCAAGUUUUCUGGCACCAGCCACAAAGGGCUCUGACAGGUUCGAGGGCAUCAGCCCUGAGGCCGAGAAAGACACUGGGCAAAACUCACCCCUGACCUUUACUCCAGAAUCUACUCCCAUGGACACGGAAACAGGACCAGUGAGUGAAACGGUGGAACACGAGCGACUCCAACCGAUCAAAAGCAGCUCACAUGGACUGGAGGAAGAUGAAGUGACUAAAACUGCUGAAAUUUCUGGUGAAAAAGCAGCAGUCGCCGAAGAGAGGAUUCCGACCGAAAUUCACCAAAAAAGUGUAGCUCCUGAAACUCCACCGGUGAGAUUGCACGACAAUAAGGAAGGUCCCAACCAGACUUUCCGCUCUGAUGUUUCCACCUCUUUACUGAAAAAUUUCAAGGACGAGAUUGAGAGUACGACUGACGAGGAGAGGGAUGAAGAAUCCGUCACCCCUUUUUCCACCCCGGUAAACCCCUCAGUCGAGGUGUUUGAGGAGAUCCAAUCGCUACACUCGGAACCUGAGAUCGUGAGUGCGUCUGCUCAACUGGAAGAGACGGUCAGAACCCUGGUCUUGCAACAACUAGGUGCCUUGCGAGAGGCCAAUGUGACUGAAGUUGACAACGACCAAGUUGCGGUUAUCACCGAGGAGACCCAGGACGGACCCCAAAGAAACAAGGCUACCGUUGUCCAUUUUGCAUUGUUCAGGUGGUGGCUGUAUUUCAAGAUGAUGAUCUGCCAUUUGGUGAACAGUUGGCGAUAGACUGGUAGCGCUUCAGAAUAGUCCCUGAGGAUUUUUUUUAGUUGAAUUUCUAUUUGUGAUAGCACAUGUUUGAUAGGCGCUAAAUUCCACCUAGGCUGCACUUUAUUCUGCCUGAGGGACGAAUGAAUUAUCCGUAAUUUUAUGCUGAGGGUAUAUAUCGGGUGUGCCAAGUGGAGAAUAAACACAUUGUGCUGUGUCAUACGAAAAACUGUCGAUGUCGAAUAUAUUAUAAAGAUUUAUUGAAUUUUAUACAAGGAAAAUCAC